GAAACUUUGAUUCCCGAAAUAACAAGAAAAAAAAUAUGAAAACACCUGCAUUAGAUCACGUCGAUUCCGAUCACGCAUUUCCAGUUUCACCGUCUGUCUACCAUGAGCUGGGCUCGCGCUCCGCCAUGACAGGUCGGUUGAAAUUGAAAAUGAAGCGAACCAAGGAAAGGGUCGGACCAGUACAGAAGAACACGAUAAACCCCGACCCGAGAGCGCCGGAGAUCACGAAUCACUGUUUUGUGUGCGGGAAGGAGUUCAAAUCAGCGAAAGCCCUAUAUGGUCACAUGCGAAAGCAUCCUGAGCGGUCAUGGCGGGGGUGUAACCCGCCUUCGAAUACCCAACCUUUUUCUAAGCAGAGUGGUUCUCAAACUGCCCCGAGGAUCGACCCUGAUGACAAUAUCGAGGUUGAUAUCGCCUUCUGUUUGAUCCUCUUGUCUGAAGGAAAAUCCAAUGAUAAGAGUACUACUAGUACGGCUUCUGAUCACACCGGUAGUACUAGUUACAAUAUCGCCGUCGAAAACAGCGGCGGUGACGGCAAUCUUUUCAAGUGUAGCAGUUGCGAUAAAAAAUUUAGGACGCAUCAAGCCCUAGGGGGUCACCGGGCAAGCCACAAGAACGUGAAGGGCUGUUUUGCAAUUACGAAAAGUAGUCCUACUACCAUUACGACCACCACAACCACUACUACUGCUACAACUACAGAGAGUACGUCUGUGUUUGGGGAAAAACGACAAAUGCAGAAUGAGUCCCCUUGUGGUUGUCAAGCUCAUUUGAGGAGCAGCCCCCAAACUGGGGUUGAAGUAGAUGGCUUCCGUGGUCUUGGGCUAGACUUGAAUUUGCCAGCACCAAUGGAGUCAGAUGAUGAUGACUACGAUGAUUCGUCUCCUAAUUCAGCCUCUUCCUACUUCAGGAGGUUUAUCUAGUGUGGAUUUAAGGUUGGGUCUUUAGGCUAAUUGCCACAAUGUUAUUUGAUUAUUUCUCUUAGUUCCUCUAUGUUUGGUACUGUUUCUCAUAGCUAAUUCGGUCUCUUCCUACUUCAGGAGGUUUUUCUUGUGUAAGGAUUUAAGGCUGGGUCUUUAGCCUAAUAUUGCCACGAUGUUAUUUGAUUCUUACUUUUAGUUCCUCUAUGUUUGGUACUCUAGGGUUCGGUAAUAAUAUUCUAUAGUUUCGUACUCUGUUGAUUUGUUUCUAUUAAUUGCUGUACUGUUUGAUCGGCAAGUUGAAUAAUCUAAACCGUGUCUUUUGUUACUACGGUUUUUUUUCUUU